GAAAGCAUCCAUCAAGUGCCUUCGUUCUUUCUGUUCCAAUGCGCUGAAACAAAAUCGCUCCAUUCUCGUCUGAACCCCAAAAACCUCCGUUCUUCCCUUCGCAGAACUCACUCCCUGUCAUCUGAAUCUCAAUCUCACGCACACCACACUCCCUAACUCGUCUGUUCUUUAUCCAUGGAAAGAAGCGCCCAACGAUUCCCUAUUCCAAUCUCUUAAUUAUCGUCCACCAGGAGUAGAAUGGAUUUUCCCUUGGGUAGUGAGGAUCCAGCUAUACUUCAGCUGCACAAAUGGGACCCUUCCGAGACCCAAAUCGGGCUUUCGGACUUUCGCGUAGCCUUUCUUUCUCCUACGAGAGAGAUACUGCUUUUGCAUUCUUAUGAACGGGAAGCUCUUUUACUUCCUCUGAUUAAAGGAGAUUCACAUUUUAGUGGUCCUAAAAGUGGAUGUGAUUAUGAUGAUCACAAUCUAGGUUCAUCAACUAUUUUCUCGGAGGCAUUAGCUAGACCUAGUAGAUCAGUUUUGGUGAAUGAUUCACCUUGCACUUCAGGAUCAGGUAUUGAUAUUGAUACUGAUGUUGCUAAAAUUAAAUGUUCAAGAUCCAAUACUCAUCCAUACAUUAGUGACGUGAACUCAUUGGCAUGGGCUCGUUUUGAGGACAACUAUGAUCAGCACAAUGACGCUUCAUUUAGAGAACUUCUAUUUGUUUCUGGAAGAUGUGGGGUAACAGUUCAUGCUUUUCCUAAACUGACUAAAACCAGGGGAAUGGUUCAAGCUGUAUUAGAGGGUAACUCUAGGAAAGGCAGGUGGGUGGAGUGGGGGCCCCUUGCUUCAUUAGAUCAAAAUAUGUUAGACGGAGAAUCUUCCAGCUUUAGGCAAAGGGUCUCUGGAGGCCAGAAUGUAAAUUUGACUGGGGGAGAUGGUGGAGUUGAAUUGUUAAGUAGCUCUGCUACUAAGGGAUACUUAGAGUCAUUUUUCACAAAAGUUGAAACUGUCAUAUCUGAUGGUUUUCUUUGGACCAAAUUCCCUGAGAAUAAUGAAUUUCCUUGCUUGACAGAAGUGGUUUCUUUUAAAAUAUUUGAUGGCAGUCUAUCCUUGGACCAUCUCCUCAAAGAAAAAUCAGUCCAGAGUAAGGAGAAUUGGCAGGAACCAGCUGAUUCAGUAAAAGAUGCUAGCUUGAGCUUUUGUAUAGAAGAUAAUAAGGUUGAUUGUUUUUCCAGUGUAUUUGGUAUUGUGAUUAAUGGGAUCUAUGAAUGCAACAGAGUGUUCUCAAGUGCUUCAUAUUAUUUGGUAGGGUUUUUUUUGACAUUAAUGCAUCAUGUAUCUAUCAAUAUUAAUGAUGCAAAUCAAAGAGGCAGGAGUAGGAAUUUACUUCUUGUUGCCAAGGUAGACAGUUGGGGUAUUCAGUGGGUUUCAAUGGUGAAGCUUGAUGAAGGGAUAAACAUAGUUCAGGCGGUUGAGUGGGUGGAUUUCCAAUUUUCUGAUCAUCUUCUUGUCUGUCUUAGUUCUUCUGGCUUGAUUGUUCUCUAUUCUGCCUUGUCUGGUGAAUAUGUGACACAUUUAAAUGUAUUACAGGCUUGUGGACUUAACCCCCAAUUAGAUUUGCAAAGGUUAGAAAAGUUGCAGUUGAGUAAUGAUGUAUACAUUAAACAAGAGCAUGGCAUUACUGAGAACAUGCCUGAUCAGAACAGUGAUGCUUUUAGGAGAUCAUUCAAAAGGUUAGUAGUUGCUUCACAUACCUCCCUUUUAGCUGUGGUUGAUGAAUGUGGCGUGAUCUAUGUGAUAUCUUUGGGUGAAUAUAUUCUUGAGAGGAACUGCUCAUCUGAGAUGUUGCUUCCAUAUCGUCAGCAAUUUGGGCUGGGGGUGAUGGUUGGUUGGGGUGUUGGUGGUUCUGAUAUAGAUCGCCAAGCAGUGUAUUCUAAUUUAUCUGGAUAUUUUCAAUCAAAUGUUUUGAACAUAAAAAAUGGUAGUGUUGCUUCCCCAGACAGAGCUGCGGCAGGUAAUACUAUUCAGAAAAUUAAUGGCUGCACAGUUAAAGAAAAAGGGGAUUUGUGUGGCUCCUAUUCAAGUGGUUUUUCUGCUACUUCUAAAGUAACUAAUGGUCACAAAUUUCUUGGUUCUGUUGUGAAAUUUCCUGUUAUGAGAAAAAUAUUCCUUCCCAAUUUUAGAGUCUGUGAGGAUGAUUCUAUAUGUUUUUCUCCUUUGGGAAUUACUAUUUUCUCUAGAAAGAAGAAUGUAAAGAAUCAGAAUGGUUCUCAACUUGUCCAUUUUAAUCUGCAAAUGAAGUUAGAUGUCCGUGAUGACAACUUCUUAGACAGUGUAUAUGAUGCAUACCACUUUGAUGGAAAAGAAGAAUCUGUUAUUGGAGAAGCAAUUGGUUGCACAUUCCAAGGUUGUUUUUAUAUUGUAAGAGAAGGUGGUUUAUCAGUGUAUGCUCCCUCCAUUUCAGUUUUAUCAAAUUUUCUUCCAGUUGAGUACAUUGGUUAUCGCCAAUCAAGCAAGGAUAUAGGGAUUUCGGUUCUACUUAAAGACAAUCUGGAAAUAAGAGAAUCAACCAAAAGGUUUUCUCCUUGGAAAGUUGAAAUUUUGGAUAGAGUUCUUCUGUAUGAAGGCACUGAAGAAGCAGAUCUUUUGUGUUUGAAAAAUGGAUGGGACAUCAAAGUUUCGCGUAUUCGUCAAUUACAAAUAGCACUGGACUACUUGAAAUUUGAUGAAAUAGAAAGAUCUUUGGAAAUGCUUGUGGAUGUGGAUCUUGCAGAAGAGGGGAUCUUGAGAUUACUUUUUGCUGCAGUGUAUCUUAUACUUAAUAAAAGUGGUAAUGAUAGUGAAACUUCUGCUGCUUUAAGGCUUCUUGCACUGGCUACUUGCUUUGCAACAAAGAUGCUUCUUAAAUAUGGGUUGCUACAACAUAAAGUAGAUACACAUGUAGCAGAGGACUUUAAUAGGACAGGAUUACUCUCUCUUCCUCCUAUUGAACCAGUUAAACUACAAACUGAAGUGGAUUUUGCUCAAAAACUUUGUGAGAUGGCUCGUUUCUUGGAGAUCAUUCGAAAUCUGCAAUUCAGGCAUAUGUCAAUAUUUCAAAGGGUCAGUCAAGGAUUGGCUGACAGUGGAGAGGAGUCAUCAUUAGUAAGUACAGAACUUAUGCAGGAAGAAUCCCAACUUUCAAUUCUUCCAUCAGAUUUGGAGUCAUUGGAUGUUUCCAACCAACGUGAGCUUUCUUUUCCUCUACCAGCAUCGGCCAGCAACAAUAAUGAAAAUCUAGUGCUGGUGCCUGUUGAUUCUGAGUCUCAUUUGGUCUCAGAUGAAUUUGGCAAUGUAUCUCAUUUAACCUCAUUAGGAGGAGUUUUAGGAAAGAAAGUUUUUCCUGUGGAAAAUCCACGAGAGAUGAUGGCACGCUGGAAGGUAGAUAAUCUGGACCUUAAGACUGUGGUUAAAGAUGCUCUACUCUCUGGUCGUCUCCCUUUGGCAGUUCUGCAACUGCAUCUUCAUCAAUCAAAAGAUUUUGUUACUGACAAAGAGCCUCAUGAUACUUUUACUGAAGUUCGUGACAUUGGCAGAGCUGUUGCUUAUGACUUAUUUUUGAAGGGUGAAAUUGAACUUGCUGUUGCUACACUUCAAAGACUUGGGGAGAACAUUGAAUCCUGUCUUAAACAACUUCUGUUUGGCACUGUAAGGAGAUCUCUGCGAGCCCAAAUUGCGGAGGAAAUGAAAAGAUAUGGUUAUCUAGGACCAUAUGAAUGGAAGAUAUUGGAUGAUAUGUAUCUGAUUGAGAGCCUCUAUCCUAGCAGUAGCUUCUGGAAAACUUAUCAUCACCGACUGAAAGAUACUGGCAUUCCACUGGACUCUUUACCAGUAGAAAAUAGAUUAAGACUCUUGCCUAACCAUUCAUUUGAUAGUCUUGUCAUUGAAUGUGGUGAGAUUGAUGGAAUUGUCUUUGACACAUGGAUGGAUAUUAAUGAAAGUUCCUCUGCUCUGAGCGUUGAUGAGGAAGAUGCACAUGUUGGAUAUUGGGCUGCUGCUGCUGUCUGGUUUGAUGCCUGGGAGCAAAGAACUGUUGAUCGUAUGAUACUGAAUCAAUCUUUUCAUUCAAACAUUUCGUUAUUGUGGGAGUCACAACUUGAAUACCAUGUUUGUCGCAAUCAUUGGAAGGAAGUUUAUAGACUGCUGGACUUGAUGCCUGCAUAUGUCCUAUCUGCUGGAAGCCUUCAACUCAAUUUGGAUGUUUUACAGCCUGUUUCAUCCUUAGGAUGCAAUCUGAAUAUGAAGUCUUCUAAAUAUGGGAGUUUCUUGUACUCUCUUGAAGAAUUGGAUUCUGUAUGCAUGGAAGUUCCAGAUAUCCAAAUAUAUAGGUUUUCAUCUGACAUAUGUUCUGGGUGGAUGAGGAUGCUUAUAGAGGAAAAACUUGCAAAAAGAUUUAUAUUUUUGAAGGAAUAUUGGGAAGGGACAUUAGAGGUGAUAACUCUUCUGGCUCGUUCAGGUUUCGUUUCUGGCCAAGAUAAGAUUUGCUUGGAGGAUGAUCUUCCUGAGGCUUCAUCCGUUGGAGAUGGGACUGUACAAGCUUUGCAUAAAAUAUUUGUACAUCACUGUGCACAAUAUAACUUGCCAAAUCUUUUGGACCUGUACCUUGAUCAUCAUAGUUUGGUCCUCGAUAAUGAUUCACAUUAUGCAUUACAGGAAACUGCAGUCGAUUGUGAAUGGGCAAGAUGGCUACUCUUAUCUAGAGUUAAGGGGUGUGAAUAUGAGGCCUCACUUGCCAAUGCUCGUUUCAGAAUGUCUCGUAAUGUAGUUUCUAGAAGUGACCUGAGUGUUAUGGAGUUAGAUGAAAUAAUUCGAACUGUUGAUGACAUUGCUGAAGGAGGGGAAGAAAUGGCAGCUCUGGCAACCCUGAUGCAUGCUGCUGUCCCGAUUCAAAAUUGUUUAAAUAGCGGUGGUGUAAAUAGGCAUAGUAAUUCUUCUGCACAGUGCACAUUGGAGAACCUUAGGCCAACUUUGCAAAAGUUCCCCACAUUGUGGCGCACACUUGUAGGAGCAUGUCUUGGACAAGAUACAAUGAGCUUGGUGGUCCCUAAAGCAAAAACUGCUUUAUCAGACUAUCUUAGUUGGCGUGAUGACAUCUUCUUUUCUACUGGACGUGAUACAUCACUUCUACUAAUGCUUCCAUGCUGGUUUCCCAAGCCUAUACGAAGGUUGAUACAGCUUUAUGUCCAGGGUCCUCUUGGAUGCCAAUCAUUUUCAGGGUUCCCUACUGGGGAAACUUUGCUACAUAGAGACAUUGAUUUAUUUGUAAAUGCUGAUGAUGUACAUGCUGAAAUAAGUGCAAUAUCCUGGGAAGCAACUAUCCAAAGACAUAUUGAAGAAGAAUUAUAUAGUCCUUUACUUGAGGAAAAUGGGUUUGGGCUUGAGCAUCAUUUGCAUCGUGGACGAGCUUUGGCAGCUUUUAACCAAAUUCUUGGCCAUAGAGUUCAAAAUCUGAAAUCAGAAGGGGAAUCUAGUACUUCAGCUCAUGGGCAAACUAACAUUCAAUCAGAUGUUCAAAUACUUCUCUCACCACUAGGACAAAAUGAAGAGACUCUACUUUCAUCUGUUUUGCCAAUUGCUAUUAUGCAUUUUGAGGAUCCUAUGCUUGUUGCUUCAUGUGCUUUUCUUCUGGAGCUAUGUGGGUUGUCUGCCAGCAAGAUGCGCACUGAUAUUGCAGUGCUAAAACGGAUAUCAUCUUUCUACAAAUCAUGCGAGAAUAAUGAAAAUCUCAGGCAAUUAUCCCCCAAGGGAUCUGUGUUUCAUGCAAUAUCCCAUGAAGGUGAUGUAACAGAAUCUCUUGCUCGAGCUCUUGCUGAUGAAUAUUUGCCCAAGGAUUCUCUAGUUAUUGCUACUGAGACAGGAGCCCUAAGUAAACCACCUUCACGAGCUCUUAUGCUUGUCUUACACCAUUUAGAAAAGGCAAGCCUUCCACGGAUAGUUGAUGGAAAAACCUAUGGGUCAUGGCUAUUGAGUGGAAAUGGUGAUGGAAAUGAGUUGAGAUCUCAACGAAAGGCUGCUAGCCAGCACUGGACUUUGGUAACAAAUUUUUGUAGGUUGCACCAGCUUCCCUCAAGUACAAAGUACCUUGCCAUAUUAGCUAGAGACAAUGACUGGAUUGAAUUUUUGUCUGAGGCUCAAAUUGGAGGAUAUUCAUUUGAUGCAGUAGUCAAACUGGCAUCAAAGGAAUUUAGUGAUCCACGUCUCCGACUUCAUAUGUUAACAGUUUUGAGAGGAAUGCAGUCAAAGAAAAAGGCAAGCUCUGCAUCAUUCUCGGAUACACUGGAGAAAAGUGGUGAAACAACCUUUCCUGAUGAAAACAUGUGUGUUCCAGUUGAACUCUUCCAAAUAUUAGCAGUGUGUGAAAAGCAACAAUGUCCAGGAGAGGCUCUCUUGAUGAAAGCAAAAGAGUUGUCCUGGUCAAUAUUGGCGAUGGUUGCUUCAUGUUUCCUUGAUGUCUCUCCAUUAUCAUGCCUGACAGUUUGGUUGGAAAUUACUGCAGCAAGAGAAACUUCAUCCAUCAAGGUGAAUGAUAUUGCUUCCCAGAUCGCAGACAAUGUUGGAGCAGCUGUAAAUGCAACUAAUGCCCUGUCUGUUGGCGACAGAGUACUUACAUUUCAUUACAAUAGGCAGAGUCCUAAACGUCGACGGUUAAUAACUCCUGUUUCACUUAAAUCCUCUGCUUCUACAAUAUCUGACACCUCUAAUACUUCUAUAAGCGAAAAAACUGAUUCCCAAGGUAACACUAUAGAGAAUGAAAGAAAAGUAGAACAUUCUGGAUGCAUUAAUGCUGCAAGUGAUUCCGAUGAAGGGCCUGCUUCUCUUUCAAAGAUGGUUGCAGUGCUUUGUGAACAACAAUUGUUCUUGCCUUUGCUAAGGGCAUUUGAGAUGUUCCUUCCAUCCUGCCCCUUGCUGCCAUUCAUCCGUGCUCUUCAGGCAUUUUCUCAAAUGCGUCUCUCAGAAGCUUCUGCACAUUUGGGCUCCUUUUCUGCACGAAUUAAGGAAGAACCAAUGUACUUACAUGCAGGAAGAGAUGUACAGAUUGGAACAUCAUGGAUUAGUUCUACUGCUUCAACAGCUGCUGAUGCUGUGCUUUCAACUUGUCCCUCUCCAUAUGAAAAAAGAUGCUUACUGCAACUUCUUGCUGCCACUGACUUUGGUGAUGGUGGAUAUGCUGCUGCAUACUAUAGAAGGGUUUAUUGGAAAAUUAAUUUAGCAGAGCCUUUACUUCGUAAAGAUAAUGAGUUGCAUUUAGGUGAUGAAAUUUCAGAUGAUGCUUCACUCUUGUCUGCACUAGAGAACAAUAGGCACUGGGAGCAAGCAAGGAACUGGGCCAAGCAGUUGGAGGCCAAUGGUGCACCUUGGAAAUCUGCUAUGCAUCAUGUCACUGAAUCUCAGGCUGAAUCUAUGGUAGCUGAAUGGAAGGAGUUUCUUUGGGAUGUGCCAGAAGAGAGGGUUGCUUUAUGGAGCCAUUGCCACACACUAUUCAUCAGAUAUUCCUUCCCUCCUCUUCAAGCUGGGUUAUUUUUUCUUAAACAUGCUGAAGCUGUUGAGAAAGAUCUUCCUGCAAGGGAGUUGCAUGAACUUUUAUUGCUUUCUCUGCAAUGGCUGAGUGGGAUGAUAAGUCUUUCCAACCCUGUCUGUCCAUUGCAACUUCUGCGUGAAAUUGAAACUAAAGUAUGGCUCUUAGCCGUUGAGUCCGAGACUCAGGUGAAGAGUGAAGGAGACUUCAAUUUCACUUUUUCUACCAGGGACAGUGCUAUCAAGAAUGACUCCAGUAUUAUUGACCGAACUGCAAGUGUAAUAACAAAGAUGGACAACCAUAUAAAUGCAAUGCGGAGUAAAACUGUAGAAAAACAUGAGUCCAGGGAAAAUAACCAAAUCCCUCACAAGAAUCAACUGAUGGAUGCUGCACUUUCAACUACUUUUGGGGGGAGUACAAAGACAAAAAGAAGGGCCAAAGGAUACGCAGCAUCAAGGCGCCCGCCUCUCGAAUUAGCAGAUAAAACUCCUGAUACUGAUGAUAGCUCUAGUACUCCUAGUUUCAAAAAUGAGUUGCAGUUGCAAGAAGAAAAUGUAAAAGUGGACAUGUCUUUUUCUAGGUGGGAGGAAAGGGUUGGAGCAGCAGAACUGGAAAGGGCUGUACUUUCUUUAUUGGAAUUUGGGCAAAUUGCUGCCGCUAAGCAACUACAAUAUAAAUUCUCCCCUGGACAAAUACCAUCUGAGUUUAGACUUGUUGAUGCAGCCCUGAAGCUUGCUGCUAUGUCAACUCCUCCUAGCGUGAUAUCAGUGUCAGUGCUUGAUGAGGAAGUGUGUUUGGUUAUGCAGUCGUAUGACAUACUGAAUGACAAGGGCCAUGUUGACCCACUGCAGGUUUUGGAGAGUUUGGUGGCCAUUUUCACUGAAGGCAGUGGGCGUGGGCUAUGUAAGAGAAUAAUAGCAGUUAUAAAAGCUGCAAACACUUUGGGCCUCUCAUUUUCUGAGGCUUUCAACAAGCAGCCAAUUGAACUACUGCAGCUGCUUUCUCUUAAAGCGCAGGAUUCCUUUGAGGAGGCAAACUUUCUGGUUCAGACACAUCCAAUGCCUGCCGCAAGUAUUGCUCAAAUUCUUGCAGAAUCUUUUCUCAAGGGGGUGUUAGCUGCACAUCGUGGAGGAUAUAUGGAUUCACAAAAGGAGGAAGGGCCUGCUCCACUGCUGUGGAGAUUUUCAGACUUCUUGAAGUGGGCAGAGCUUUGUCCCUCUGAACCUGAAAUUGGACAUGCUUUAAUGCGUUUGGUGAUUACUGGACAAGAAAUACCACAUGCCUGUGAGGUUGAGCUUCUAAUUCUGUCACACCACUUCUACAAAUCAUCUGCUUGCCUUGAUGGAGUUGAUGUUCUUGUGGCUCUUGCUGCAACUAGGGUUGAAGCUUAUGUCUUGGAGGGUGAUUUUCCAUGCUUGGCUCGCCUGAUUACUGGAGUUGGAAAUUUUUAUGCUCUGAACUUCAUUCUUGGCAUUCUUAUAGAAAAUGGUCAAUUGGAUCUUCUUCUUCAGAAGUAUUCUGCUGCUGCAGACACAAACACAGGCACAGCUGAGGCUGUCAGAGGAUUUCGAAUGGCUGUUCUUACAUCUUUAAAGCAUUUCAACCCUAACGAUCUUGAUGCAUUUGCCAUGGUCUACAAUCAUUUUGAUAUGAAACAUGAGACGGCAGCUCUUUUAGAGUCACGUGCAGAACAAUCAUGUGACCAAUGGUUUCGCCGCUACAACAAGGACCAGAAUGAAGACUUACUGGAUUCCAUGCGCUACUACAUUGAAGCUGCUGAAGUUCACUCUUCAAUUGAUGCUGGCAACAAAACCCGUAGUGAUUGUGCUCAGGCUUCUCUUCUGUCCCUUCAAAUACGAAUGCCAGAUUUCCAAUGGCUUUAUCGAUCAGAAACCAAUGCUAGACGAGCUUUAGUUGAGCAGUCUCGUUUUCAAGAAGCUCUAAUUGUAGCUGAAGCUUAUAACCUGAACCAGCCAAGUGAGUGGGCUUUGGUACUCUGGAACCAGAUGCUUAAACCUGAAGUAAUGGAGGAGUUUGUGGCUGAAUUUGUGACAGUUCUACCUCUUCAGCCUUCAAUGCUGAUUGAUUUAGCUAGAUUCUAUAGAUCUGAAAUGGCUGCCAGAGGGGACCAAUCUCAUUUUUCUGUCUGGCUCACAGGGGGAGGGUUGCCAGCUGAAUGGGCUAAAUAUUUAGGAAGAUCAUUCAGGUGUUUAAUGAAGCGGACAAGGGAUUUGAGGUUGCGGAUGCAGUUGGCAACAGUGGCAACUGGAUUUGGGGAUGUCAUCGACGCAUGUUCUGAAGAAAUGGAUAAGGUCCCCGACAAUGCAGCACCACUAGUUCUGAGGAAGGGUCAUGGUGGAGCUUACCUCCCUUUAAUGUGAAACUUUCUACUGUAGAUUAUCUCAACGAUUGGACAAACCACGUUGGACAGGAAGUUGGUCUUGACCUUGAUCCAUUGCUGGAUUCAAAACAGUUAGGAAUUAUUGCAGCAAACAAUCAGGAUGCCGUGCAGAAAACCAAAGCGCCAACCAAAUGAAAAUUGGAUGGUUAGUUGAUAAAAAUGAGAUGUAUAUUUUUUGGUUGAGUAAAAUGCUUGAUGGUUUGUAUAUUAGGCCGACUGUAUCUAUAGCUCAUUCUUGUAAAACACCAUUCUAGUUUUGUUUUCUCCAUUUUUUUGCAGGGAGGAGAGAGUAGUUUAUUGUCGGUUUUGAGGCUCUAGUAGAAUAGAAUGUCCCAUUGGUUUGUAUUUUUUCGCUCCAAAAUGUAUAGUUCAUGUACAUCAAUAUAAAAAUCCAUUUGUCAUGUUUGACCUAAAUGCUCCAAUUCUUUCAACAAAAAGUAUUCGUUAGUAUUGCUAUCACUUGUACACAUAAUUGACAGCAUCUUGAAUGCGCUUCAGAUCUUU